AACUCUGGAGCGGCAGACGCAGCCAAGAGUAACAAACACAAAACGGAGAAGACCCUGAAGACUGGAGCAGACUAAAGUAGGGGGCAGAGAGGAUGUGAGAGAUGUGGGAUGCAAGAGCAGAGGCCCAGGACCCUCCCACGUCAGGCUGGUGGAUCUGGUCCUGGUUCCACCCCCCUCCCCCCCCAGAUUCACUCCCUAGGUGUGUUUGUUUACUGGUCCCUCCCUGUCUCACUCAGAUGCUCCAACUCUCGGGACCUCAGGGUGCAGAUCACAUUCUCCCAGACUCCUGAGCCCUGGGUCCAGCCAUGCGCUCCUCCAGCAUCUGUCUGUGCCUCCUGUUCCUCUGUGGGGCACUGGGUAAGGGUGGGGCCGGUGGGGAGAAGCGGGGAAGACUGGAGAAGAGAGUUGUAAGGGCUUUAGAAGGAAGAGCUACCGGGAAUGGCCUCAGGCCAGGCGAAGGUCUCACCACGUCCCCCACCCGGGGACGGCUCCGCUGUUACACCUGCAGCUUCAGCAAACCCUGCUAUCCUGUUCUCACCGAGUGUCAGGAUGACGAAGUUUGUGGCAUCAGUAUCGGCACCUCAGGUAGGACUCUGGUCCCAUGGCUCUACUCCAGGCCCAUCUCCAUCCAUCCAUCCUGCUUUUCCUGCUGCCCCACACACAGUCUUUGCCUCCUUCCUGCCCGGGCCUCAGCAUUCCCUCUUUGUCCCACAGAGCAGAGUGAGAUCAUCGAGCGGAAAGGCUGCCUCCCAAGGGCCCAGUGCCCUCUGCAGGGCCAUGCCACCUACUGGUCACGCUCCUAUGCUCUGCGGCACCACUGCUGUGAGCAGAACCUGUGCAACACAGCCACCAUGCUGCAGCGGCUCCCCAGCCCCCUCCUCAUCACCCUGCUCCUCCUCGUGGCCAGCUUCAUGUGGGGAGCCCACCUACUCCACUAGCCUCAAACCAGGACUCCUCCACCAUCACCACCACCCUGGAAACACCUCAUCUGAGAUAUGCCCAAGAACCUGAUUCUGAAGAGACCUCAGGUCUCUGGCCCAAUACCUUCCCAGACCCUUCCCAAGGCCUGAUUCCUACAGGCACUGCUCUAACCCCUAUAGGUACCUGCCCAGAGCCCAGCCUCGUAAAGAACACCUGUUCUAUGCCUUUUGUCUUUUCCAGUUGCCCGAUGUUGAUGCUCUAUCUUAGCUCCAGGUCUUGGGCAAGGCAGGUGUUUUGAUGGAGCUGUGGGUCCCAGGCACGGGGAUUGAAGGGGCACCAGGUAUGGUGAGGAGGACAGUCUUGCUAGGAAAGAUUAAUUUGGCAGGUUAGGAACUCAGGAAGGAGGUUCUUGGGGAACUAUGAAGAGUAAAUUUAAUAAAAGUGCUAUUUGUGAGUCUA